AUGGAUUCAACCAAUUAUAGGAUGAACAAAAAUAGGAAGAAAUCAGACAAUUUUGUGGACGGAGUUCGAGAGCAUGGGCCUAAGUUCUCUGAAAUUGUGAAGGGAAAGUUGAGCUUGGGGGCUAGGAUUCUUCAACUUGGGGGAGUGAAGAGAGUUUUCGACCAAAUUUUUGGUGUUAGAGAAGGAGAGAAACUAUUGAAGGCUUCCCAAUGCUAUUUAUGGACAACAGCAGGCCCUAUAGCAGGCCUCCUCUUUAUCUCUACUCAAAGGGUUGCCUUUUUCAGUGAAAGAUCAAUCAAAUUUUCUUGUCCAAAUGGUGAAUUGGUUAGAAUCUAUUACAAGGUCUCUAUCCCACUAAGAAAGAUAAAAAGAGCCAACCAAAGCGAGAAUAAAGCUUUCAGCUAUCUUCGAGAGGCAAUCUCUCAAGUGCAGAAUCCACUCCAGAACUGA